UGUUCACCCAUUGGCUAGCGGCGAAAUUUGAAAUGCAACGCGCUCAUUGUAUCUGAAUCUGCGGAAGGAUGCGGAUAAAGAUUUAUCAAGCUUGUAGCUAAAAAAAAAAGAAAAGGAAAAAAAGCAGAGCGCUAAACAUAAAGUUAACCGAAAAGGAUUUUCUAUAAUACCGAAACGGAAGUCAGAGAGCAUAAUGGAGACGGCUGUGCUGAGCCUCCAGAGCUUAUAUGAUAAGCUGAGAACGCAGGUUGACGUUCUCAACGAGAGCAUUGAACCCAACUUCAUCCAGAUGGCACAAAACUUUGAGGACUGCCGUCGCAAAUGGCUGAGGACAGAACAUGAACUAGGGUCUUGCAAAGAGACGCUCACCAAAACAGAGACGGAAAGAGGAUCCUUGGAGGUCAAACUGAAACAUGCCCGAAACCAAGUAGAUGUGGAAAUCCGCCGCAGACAAAAGGCUGAGGCUGAUUGUGAGAAGUUGGACCGUCAAAUUCAGUUGAUCCGGGACCUCCUGACCAGUGAAGGAUCCUCUAACAGCAUCCAGUUGAGUGCAGAGCAACGCUCAGCUCUGGCCUUCCUGAACUCAAACAGCCAGGCAGCAGUCAACCUGAAUACCAGUCGAAGACUCAAAACGAUAGAUGAGUCCGCCUCUAUCUUGUCAGAUAUCAGCUACGACAAAACAGAUGACUCUCUUGACUGGGACUCCUCCACUGUGAGGACAGUGCGACUCAAGAAACGAGAAAAAAGGCGCUCCUCAAGAAAUCACAUUGAUGGUCCUCCAGUUGCCUCCAAACGGUCUCGAUCAACAGGCAGAACUUCUGCGAUGGGUAAUGAGACCCUUGUGACAAAGACCACAGUGACUGUCCCUGCGAAUGGAGGACCUGUCGAGGCAGUUUCUACCAUUGAGAGUAUUCCUUACUGGACUCGCAGCAGGAGAAAGACUGCUGCUAUGGAAUGGGACUCUGAAUCUGUCAAGUCAGAUGAUGUCUUCAAGCAGCCUGGCAACCGUGGGGAAGAAAUAAAAGUGCAGCCCAGCACUCCGCAGAGCCAUGGGGGUGUCCGUCUUCACGAGUUUGUUUCCAAAACUGUCAUUAAGCCUGAAUCGUGCGUACCCUGUGGAAAGAGGAUCAAGUUUGGCAAGAUUUCACUUAAGUGCCGUGACUGCAGGGUGGUCUCGCACCCCGAGUGUCGCGAUCGUUGCCCUCUGCCAUGCAUCCCUAACCUGGGUGGCACACCAGUCAAAAUUGGGGAGGGUGUACUUGCAGACUACGUCCCCGACACAUCACCCAUGAUCCCUUCUCUCGUUGUCCACUGUAUCAGUGAGAUCGAACAAAGGGGCCUGCAUGAGGCUGGACUUUACCGCCUGUCCGGCUCUGAUCGCACAGUGAAGGAGCUGAAAGAGAAGUUCCUCCGCAGCAAAACUGUUCCUGUGCUCAGCAAAGUGGAUGAUGUCAAUGCCAUCACUGGCCUGCUCAAGGACUUCCUGAGGAACCUCAAGGAACCUCUUCUCACCUUUCGCCUCAACCGUCCUUUCAUGGAGGCAGCCGAGGUUUCAGACGAUGAUAACAGCAUAGCCUUGAUGUACCAAACCAUCAGUGACCUGCCGCAGCCCAACAGAGACACACUGGCUUUCUUAGUCCUUCACCUUAAGAGAGUUGCCAACAGUUUGGACACUAGGAUGGACAUCAGUAACUUGGCCCGAGUGUUUGGUCCAACUAUCGUGGGUCAUGCAGUCCCCAACCCUGACCCUAUGACAAUCCUGCAGGAUACCAAACGACAACCUAAGGUUGUGGAGCGUCUCUUGGCUCUGCCGGUGGAUUACUGGGCCCAGUUUGUGAUGGCAGAAAACGAGCAGGCAAACUUGGAUCACCUGAUCAUCGAGAACGCAAACUGCUAUGCCACCCCUGAGAGAAUGAGCAUGCUGGGACCUCUGACCACUCCAGAGCACCAGCUCAAUAAAACCCCAUCUUCCAGCUCAUUGUCUCAGCGCAUGAAGUCCACUCUGACACCCAGAUUUGGGAGCAAGAGCAAAUCAGCAGUUGGAUUUUCUCGCCAAGGAAAAUUCUUUGCUUCUCCACUCCUCAAAUAAUCCAAAGCGGCUCCAUUUAACAAUGUAUUCCUACUGCAAUAACAACCAAAACUUUUUUGUAUUUAGGCAUAACUCAUAGCAUGGUACUGCUUUUAUAAUGGCUGUAAAUGCUAUAAAUCUUAGUCUUCUUUCUUAUAAUCAUUUUAACAUUUCACAAUGGUAACAGUUGUACUUUGAUUAUUUUACGUGUUUGUCGUAGGAGUUAUUUUUUUUAAACCAAAAAAUAGGUUUUCCUAUCUAUGCACAGUUGUCUUUAGAGCUGAUGUUUUUGCUAAAUGUUUAACAAGACAUUCUCAUUUUGCCUCAUAACACAUUAGAUGUGCUGUAUAGUAUUCUUCUCAAAUAAUGUGCGUAUAGUUGAAAAUAUGUAUAUUCACUGUUUUAUUGUGACCUGCUUCUAAAUUUAAUUUCUUUUGACAGUUUUUCAACUCAUGUGUCACUCAGAAGUUGAAGAACUGACCUUAGUCAUUUUGUUUUAGGUUGUAAUUUAGUGUGACUGCUAGUAACAUUUUAGUUUUAAUGUUCAUGUUUCAUUUCUAUUUAGUUUUAAUUGUCUUCAUCCCCCACUGAAUUGUGCUGUAAAUGUUUACAAUCACACAUGCCCUAUCCUUUUCGUACUGUAACUACAAACUGUAGUUCUCAGGUCUCAAAGCAGACCUUUUUCAUCUGGAAGAUCUGCUCAUGAGCAAUCCCAUGCAGAAAGCAUCGACUUUGUAUGGUUAGCCAGUUCACUUACUGUGGCAUUAUUAACUAUAGCACAAAAUUUGUACACAAACACACACUCUAAAAUGUAUGUAACUUAUAAAAUACAUUUCUAACCUUUA